AUGGCAUUUGUUACCGAUAAAGCUUCCAACAACAUUGUUAUUACCUGUAAGUUGUAUUACUACACAAGGUUUAUUCAGGAACUAGGGUUAACCCAUACAUCUGGUAAUCCUACUGAGGAAGAAAUCCUGGCGAAUCACAAGUCUUUCAUGGUUUCUCUUAAAAUACCAGCCAGAGUUAAGAAUGAUGACUUGCCCCGCUUGUAUUGGAUACCAAAACUACACAAAACACCAUACAAGGACAGAUUCAUUGCCGGUUCUUCUAAUUGUUCAACUAAAGAAUUGUCUAAAACAUUAACUACAAUACUGUCUGUCAUUAAAGAAGGAAUUCUAAAGUACCGUAACACUGUCUUCUUCAGGAGUGGUGUAAAUCACAUGUGGAUAUUGCACAAUUCUAAAGAACUUUUGGAAAACCUCAGAUCUAGAUCUUUAUUUGAAAUAAAGUCCAUUAAAACAUUCGACUUUUCCACGUUAUAUACUACAAUACCACAUGAUGGUCAUUUGCUCAUGCCAACCAGUGCUAUAUCCAGUAUGAAGGUGACGGCAAAGUAUACCCUUGGCGGUGAUAAUGCACGUGGAAUCCUUUCGGUGUACAACAAUGGUGUAUUAAUUUUACCAGCUCAUCACUAUGUUAGCAGAUUGCUCCAACAAGCUGGUGAUAUUGAAUUGAAUCCAGAACCCGAUACCAGGCAAUCAACAGUGACCAAGUCUGGGACUCUUCAACCGGCAUCCGCACCCAGUAAACAACCUGAGGAUGGAGCCAUGAUGUCAAUUUUGCAGGACAUUCAAAGUAAUAUGAAAGACAUGAAAAUGGAUAUGAAACUAGUAGAUAAGAAGAUCGAUAGGAUGGAAUCCAAGCUGAAUAGAGUAGAAGAGACAAUAGAUGAGGUGGUCAAGACAAGAAAAGAGCUAAAUGCAGCCUGUAAUAUUCUUCAUGUGAACUUGCCGCUGUAUUUGAGCGUUGUGUCCGAAGCCUUGCCACACGUGGUCUUCAUUUUUGCUGAUGCUCGGUGGGACAAUAUGCAAUAUAUGACAAAGGACACAAUGAAUUCUAAACUGGCCAUGGCAGCUAAAGGCCCUAACGCAUCUACUUUGCUCUUUGCCGACUAUUUUCCAUACUGGAAUGCGCCAAUCAUGUCUGAGAUUGCACGAAUUGAGAGUACCAAAACUUGUAAUGCAAUAUGUGAUAAUGAAACUGACCUAGUCCCUGGUCCGCGUGACAGUUCACAUAUUUUAAAGACUAGCGAUAUUCCUCUAAGUGUCGCCCAGCUUUCUACACCUGGCAGAACAAGUAUAAGUCUGGAUGUGUCAACACACGAUUCAUCACUACCAUACCCUACUCAGGUUACAGAUGAAGGUGAAGAUUAUUAUCCAUACAAACACAAUGGGGAAAGCGACCUUCUUGAAUUGAAGGAGCGAAUUGUAGAUCUGAAACUGUUGGCGAGUAGUCUGGAUGAAGUGGCAUCCCCGAGAGGAGAUAUUUUACCAGAUUCUAGUCGACGAGUACAGAUUUUGCAGAAGCAGGUCGAGAGAUUAACGAGCGAGCUACAAGAUGCGAAUAGUAACAUAGAUGCGUUGAAGCAAGAAAUGCAGCAGAUGAAACAAGUGCACGAAUUUACACGGAGUUGUUGGGAGAAGGAAAUGCAGUUGCAACUUAGAAGAAAUGAAAAAGAACUUCUGGAAAAAAUGGAUCGAAAGAUACAAAGUCACAAUGUCAGAGUAACUUCUCCUUUAAAAGUCACCAUUAACGUUUCUACAGAUCAAACGGUUGGACGCUCUAGAGAUGAACAAGGCCCAGAGGUUUCCAUUGCACACAACGAAACUGUUCCAAACCUACAUGGCGUGCCAAAGGAAACAAAUAGACUCGUCCACAGUGACUCGGCGGUUUUCUCCGACAUGACGUCACUAAGUUCACCGUCUCUGAUCUCGUCUCCAGGCAUUUCAAAGAACAGUGCCUCAGAUGAUGAAGACAAGACGCUCCUACAUAUGGCAUAA